AUGAAGCUCACAAUCAAAAACUGGUGCGAAGAACCGGUUUUUGAAGAAAAGGCUGAAAGUUGCGGUCUGCAAAAAGGCACCGGUUCCCUGGGCCUGUUUGAGAGGUGCAUGCCGGACCUAGGCUGCUUCCGGAAUGGCGGACAUUGGUUUCAUCUCUUGUACCGGCCCCUGUCUCUGCUACCCGACGACCGGUACCUAGUCAACACCAGCUUCUUGCUCUUCACCCGCAACAACCCGGAGGUGCAGGAGUACCUCCACACCUCUAGUCAUCGGGACAUGGAAGAGACCUUCUUCAGGCCGUAUAAGCCGACGAAACUCAUCGUGCACGGCUUCAUGGACAACAUCAUCGUGGGAAACUGGAUCUUCGAAAUGAAGGACCGCUUUUUGGACACCAUGGACUGCAACGUAAUCGUGGUGGACUGGCGCGGCGGCAACGUACUUCCGUACACCCAGGCCACCGCCAACUGCAGGGUGGUGGGCGCCGAGAUUGCACACCUCGUCAAGACCCUAGAGCAAACGUUUGGCGCGAAGCAAGAGUCUUUCCACUGCAUCGGGCACAGCUUGGGGGCACAAAUUUGUGGCUACGCCGGAGCACGUUUGCAGGGAUUGGGUCGCAUCUCAGGCUUAGACCCGGCGGGACCUUUCUUCUACAGAAUGCCCCCUGAGGUGAGGCUCGAUCCGAGUGAUGCCAAGUUUGUCGACGUCAUUCACUCUGACGCAAGUAUGCCCUACAUGCUGAUCGAAGGAUUUGGAGUGAACGAAAUGGUGGGCCAUGUCGACUUCUACCCAAACAAUGGAAACAAUCAGCCGGGCUGCCAGAAGUACAACUUCAGGAAGUUUGUGGACAAGGGAGGCCUUAUCGACGGAGUUCGUCGUUUUAGUUCCUGCGAUCACAUCCGCUCACUCGACUUCUACAUGGAGUCCAUCACGAAUGACAUGGGUUGUCUGCCGGUGGCCGUGUCCUGUUCGUCCUGGGAGGACUUCGAAGCUGGACGCUGUUCCAAGUGCGGGUCCAGGGGCUCCGACUGCGCUGUCAUGGGGUUCUACUCUGACAGGAUGAGAACUGGACACACGAACCAGCGAAUGGGCAAGAAACUCUACCUCAAAACCAACGACGAGCAUCCAUUUUGUUUGCACCAGUACCACGUUGCCGUACAGAUGUCGAAGACACCGAAGCGUGCAGUUUGGGACGCCUUCGGAGAACUGUUCCUUCACUUGAACGGAAAGUUUUAUGUCAGGCUUAGCAAGAGGCCCCAGGACAUACGCGGGGGCCGCAUGUACAGCUACUACGUGGCAACCCAAGAAGAGGUCAGCGAUGCGAACUCGCUUGGACUGGAGUGGACCAAUCGAGACCCAGAAGUGGACAACCGGCUCUUUGUCCACUCCGUCAAGCUCAGACCGUUCGACAGCUUCUUCAAACGGGGCAAAGCGCUGAGACACACCUUGUACUGCGCCAACAAGACCCAGGCACUGGCUUCUGGUGAAGAGAUAUUUCUGCAAGAAACUACGUCCUGCCCAGAGUUUUAG